AUGUCUACAACAAAGGGUCUGAAGGCCAUUGCGCCUGUUCCGACUGCAUCUGAUUUCCUUGAUAUCGUACUAAACAAAACACAGAGGAAAACACCGACAGUUAUCCAUAAGAACUUUAAGAUCAGUCGGAUACGAAACUUCUAUAUGCGCAAGGUUAAGUUCACGCAGGAUUCGUUUGAUGAGAAGCUUGGGGCGAUUUUGACGGAGUUUCCUGUGCUCGAUGACUUGCAUCCUUUCUUGGCUUCACUCAUGAACGUUUUGUAUGACAAAAACCAUUACAAGCUGGCAUUGGGUCAACUGCGGACAUGCAGGCAUCUGAUCGACCAGGUUGCAAAGGACUACGUGCGACUACUCAAAUUCGGAGACAGUCUUUACAGAUGCAAACAGCUGAAACGUGCAGCGCUCGGUCGGAUGGCAACUAUUAUGCGCCGUCAGAAGGAUCCACUUGCAUAUCUUGAGCAGGUCCGUCAGCACAUUGCUCGUCUUCCCGCGAUCGACCCGAAUACCCGUACACUUUUAUUAUGCGGCUAUCCGAAUGUGGGCAAGUCGUCCUUCUUAAACAAGGUCACACGUGCGGAUGUUGACGUCCAGCCGUACGCUUUCACGACCAAGUCGCUUUUCGUGGGUCAUUUGGACUACAAGUACCUGCGAUGGCAGGUUAUUGACACACCUGGGAUCCUUGACCAUCCGCUUGAGGACAUGAACACGAUCGAGAUGCAGAGCAUUACUGCACUGGCUCACUUAAAGGCAUGCGUACUUUAUUUCAUCGACCCUAGCGAGCAAUGCGGUUAUUCCGUCCAGGCUCAAUGUAGCCUCUUCCACUCCAUCAAGCCGCUCUUUGGCGGUAAACCGGUCCUUCUUGUAGUCAACAAGACCGAUAUUUGUCGUCUUGAUGAUUUGCCGCCCGAGUCGCGUGCGCUGGUCGACGAAAUAGUAAACUCGGAAGGUGUCAAAUGUGUCCAGGUGUCUUGCUACUCUGAAGAAGGUGUUAUGGAUGUCAAGAACGCUGCUUGCGACGCCCUGCUUGCACAUCGCGUGGAGACAAAGUUGAAAGGUAGCAAGAUCAACACGGUCAUUAACCGAAUCCAUGUUGCUCAACCUAAACCACGCGACGACGUUGAACGGAAACCUUUCAUUCCGAAAGCAGUCUCGUCGAAAAAGAAAUUUGACAAGAACGACCCGGAACGCCGCAUGUUGGAGCGUGACAUUGAGGAUGCGGAUGGUGGAGCAGGAGUGUAUAUUAUCAACCUCAAGAAAAACUAUAUGCUUGAAAGUGACGAAUGGAAAUUCGACAUUAUCCCAGAAAUUAUGGACGGCAAGAAUAUUGCGGACUUCGUGGAUCCAGACAUUGAAGAGAAACUCGAAGCUCUCGAGCGCGAGGAAGAGCGACUCGCCGAAGAAGGUUUCUACGACGAGAAUUCAGACCUUGAACUCGGCUCGGAAGACGAGCGUGAGGCAGAGGAGCUCCAAGCCGCCCAAACCAAGCGCAAGGAAUCGCAAGCGACGAAGAAAUCACUGAAAAAUGGUGCUCGACUCCCACGGACUGCGGGUCUGCGCACGCUGAGUGACAUGUCGGAGAGCCUGACGAAAGCCGGGUAUGAUCCUAGUCGGAUUCAAGAGCGUGCAGCGUUACUUGCAAAGGCGCAGGGCCUGAAGCGGAAGCGUGCACAGGAAGAGGGGAUGGAUAUUGAUGAAGAGGGUGACGAAGACGGGGAAGGAGAUGAGGGAGAUUGGAUGGAUGUUGAUGGAGAGGAUAGGACGCCGCAGAAACGGGCGAAAUCGAACUCUGGUGCUGUCGUCUUGUCCGGAAGGGGACCGCGGACGAAUAGACAACUGGCGGGUCUGCGUGAUGAUGCGCAAGCUGCGAAGGCGAUUAAGUUGCGCAACCUUGGACAGCGUGAGCGCAACUACCAAGCGAAGGCAGGAGAAGCUGACCGUGCUAUCAAGACAAAGAUGCCGAAGUGGAUGUACACGGGCAAACGAAAAAUGGGCAAGACCAACAGGCGUUGAUUGCUUAUCCUUCUUGUUUCACAUUUCGAUUAGAUGUGUGUAGUUGCUUUCGUAGUUCUUGUUUAUGUAUGCUCGUGCAAUGCAUGUCUGUACUUUACUCUAA